GUGGGAGCGCUCACCUGCGGCCCGUUCAGGUGUUCCCUUUGGCAACGACGCACGAAGACACAAAAUGGAGCUGGCGCUGCCUGGCUGAAGAGAAGCUACAGCUGCGUUCAGUAUUAUGUCUGUUUCACUGCUUUGGUUUGCGUAUUUGACGAAUCCUUUUUAAUUACGUCGACCUCGAGGAGGACGCAGCGAACAUGUUGUGGAGGUUCAUGCUCUUCGCCGUCAUGGCCGCAGAGUCCACCACCGCCGUCUCCGUGCAGUGCCCCAACAAGAAGUACGUGGUGAUCCUCUUCCAGCCCGCCACGCUCACCUGCAACUUCCAGACCAGCGCCACCCAGCCUCCUCUCAUCACCUGGAAGUACAAGUCGUACUGCGUGGACCCCAUCCAGGCGGCGCUGAACCCCAGCAGCGCCUCCAACGCGCUGGCGCAGAGCAACCCCAACUACAACCCCGUGACCGAGUGCCCCGACAGCCAGCGCACGGUGCGCAUCGUGGCGUCCAAGCAGGGCAGCGCCGUGACGCUGGGCGCCGAGUACCAGGGCCGCAAGAUCAGCAUCGUUAACAUUGCGGACCUGAACAUCGCUCAGACGGCGUGGGGCGACAGCGGCGUCUACGUCUGCUCCGUGGCGUCGCCUCAGGACCUCACGGGAAACGGCGAGGACUACGUGGAGCUGAUUGUUCUCGAGAGAAAGUCAAAUACUACCGACCUCCUGCCUGGCAUUGACUUACUGGUCAUGGAAGACUGGCUCCUGGUCGUCCUGGUGGUUCUCGGCUUCCUGUUGCUGCUGCUCCUCAUCGGGAUCUGCUGGUGCCAGUGUUGCCCUCACACCUGCUGCUGCUACGUCAGCUGCCCCUGUUGCCCCGAGCGCUGCUGCUGCCCACGAGCGCUGUACGAAGCAGGAAAGGCCGUGAAGAAAGGCAUUCCGAGUCAGUACGCCGCCACGCUCUACGCUUCCAGCAUGUACAACCAGCCGGUGUACACGGGCCCCAUGAACCAGGCCAUCCCCAUGCUGCCCAUGCCCAACGGCGCCGGAAACCCUCUGCACAACGGCUACGGCCGCGACUACGACGGCGCCAGCUCAGUCGGACAGGGCUCCCAGGUGCCUCUGCUGCACGACCACGACCACGGCGGCGACAACACUCGGAGCGGGUAUCGCAUCCAGGUGGACCCUGACGGGAACGCCACGCGUGCCAUUUACUACAUGGAGAGGGAGCUGGCCAAAAUGGACCCGUCCAGACCCAACUACAACCGCUUGGACAACGUGAGCGAGGUCACCUCCCUGCACGACGUGGACUCUCGGGGCCGGGGGGGGCGGGCGGGCGCCCCGCCGCUGGCCACCGUCUACGACCAGGACGAGGCCAUGAGCACCAUCAGCAGCGUUUCGCAGCAGGACCGGCGCCGGGACGAGUACGCGCGGCGCGGCGGCGGCUUCGGCGCCGAGCGCGCGCGCGCCCGCUCCAUGGACAACAUCGACGACAUCGGGCGCCGCUACCCCCGCGACGACUACCCCCCCAGCCGGCGGCCCGACGAGCCCAGGGGCAGGAGGGGCUCAGACGAGUGGAGCAGCGGUGCCCGGAGCGGAUACGGCCGCGACUUCGAUGAGCGCCGCCGCCGCGACUACUCCCCCGAGGACCGCGGGCGAGGAGGGGGCGGAGCCAACGGGGGCCUCCAGGGCAGACGCAGCCGCAGCCGCGACGACCUGAUGGAGCUGGAGAGGGAGCGCGGGCAGCGCGGGGCCCCCAGGGGCCGGGACGAGUACGACGACGGCUUCCUCCGAGAGGCCAUGGAGCGGAAGAUGCUGAGCGAGCAGCAGCGGGCGCGCAGCCGGGAGCGCCUGGACAGCGAGAGCGAGCGCUCGGAGCGGAGCCGAGCCCCACGGGGGCCGCCGCCGCUGCCUCUGGCCCCGCCCGCCGGACGCCGCGAUGACUUCCACGGGCCGCCGCCGCCGUCCUACAGCGACGAUGACAGUGUUCCGUCUUCGAAGAAAAGCAACCUCCGCAAGAAUGGAGCUGUGAGUCGGGAAAGCCUGGUCGUGUAACUGCAGGUUCAAUCUAACUGUUGCAGAUUCUGUAAAUAUUUUCUGUUCUGAUUUUGAUAUUUGAUAUUCUGCUGUAAUCUUGUCUCCAAUUAAUACCUUUCAAGCAGGGGAGCGGUGCACAGGUGAAACGUCACCUGGCUCUUCAUGUAAAAACAUUGUGGCUGCCACAAGUGCCUUAAAUUGUACAGAAGUGAGCGUGCACUGGACCAAUCGGAGCGUGUGGUGCACAUGCUGCCUUCAGUGUCUCUGGGCUCAUGCAGUUACGUGUAGAUCUGUGAGGGUUUAUGGGUUUUUGAUUAUAUUUUUUAACUUGUGAAAAAAACCUAUGUGGCUUUUAGUUUAGUUGGCGCUUGCUCACUAGACACCAUAUUAGACAGUAGUCUUAGAUGAGUUGAUGAGUUUAAGCAUGUGCAUUUUAUUUUUGACUGUGACUUUUUUUACAUGUGUAAUGUUUGUUGUGCAGCUGAACAGUAAUUGCCUCUGAAAUGUAAAAUGUUUAUUGUGAGAAAUCCUGAUUUUACAAUAAACGUCUCCGUUGCCA